CGUGCGGUUUCUGUUUCUUUGUUAUCACGAAUUUGUUCCCUUAAAUUAUUUGUCAGUUUGCCAGAACGGAUGCUUUGCGCCAAGUAUUUGCUAAUCCGUAAUCCGUAUAAAGCGCCUAAUUGGUAUUCAAACGUGAAUGUCCAGCUGAAAUAAGAGUGGGAAAAUGGCAUCAUUAUUUGGCCAGGCCAAAAACGGGAAGCCCCGCAGUGUGAUAUAAGGCCGUAAAGAAAGCUCCGCGACAAGUGAGUCCGAGCUUUCCUCCCGUUAGUCGUCGUCGGGCCCAUCAGCUGACCUGGAGCAACAACAAAUAGAGCUCUCGGAAGGCAACAACCAACAACAAAACAGCCAAGUUUCGCGCUUAAAAUACCCAAAGUUCAUGGUCAACGUCCUGGAAGAGCAGACAAGGAUAGGCAAUCACAGAAACCCAGUCGUCACAGAUUUUCGCAUGCCAAAAUGGCCCUGAUUCGCUGCUGCUUCGAGCCGCCGGAAUUGCCGGAGUUCUUCGACAGUUUCGUGCAAAAGUGCACGGAUCCAAGUUGCUGCUGCGGUUGCUGCUCGGCCCUGAGGCCGCGCUACAAGCGCCUGGUGGACAACAUCUUUCCGGUGAAUCCCGAGGACGGGCUGGUCAAGUCCAACAUGGAAAAGCUGACCUUUUAUUCGCUCAGCUCUCCGGACAAGCUGGACCGGAUUGGCGAGUAUCUGUACCAGAAGGCCACCAAGGACAUCAACAGAAAGCGCUACAAGCUGGCCGAGAUUGCAAUGGAGGCCAUGGACCUGCUGCUGCAGGCGUGUCAUGCCCAAACGACGCUCAAUCUGUUUGUGGAGUCCUUCCUACGCAUGGUGCAGAAACUGCUGGAGGACUCGAACCCCAACCUCAAGAUAAUGGCCACGAACUCGUUUGUAAAGUUUGCCAAUAUCAACGAGGACACGCCAUCCUACCAUCGUCGCUAUGACUUCUUCAUCUCCAAGUUCUCCUCGAUGUGCCACAGCGAUGCGGCCAGCCUGCGGGACAGCUUGCGUCUGGCGGGCAUCAAGGGAUUGCAGGGCGUCAUCCGGAAGACGGUGUCCGAUGACUUGGUGGAGAAUAUUUGGGAGGCGCAGCAUAUGGAGAAGAUUGUGCCCUCGCUGCUGUUCAACAUGCAGUUUUGUGUAAACGUUAUGUUCGUGAAGAAAAAUUUACUGGCGUCCGGCGAUCUGACUCCCGUGGAGGAUGCCACCAACGUAACGCCGCCGGCCCUGGCCGAGGAGGUGCUACGCGAGCUGGUGGGCCGCGCCUCCUUCGGACACAUUCGCAGCGUUCUCAAGCCGCUGCUGACCCACCUCGACCGGCAUGAGCUGUGGGUGCCCAACACCUUUGCGAUUCACACGUUCCGCAUCGUGAUGAUCUCCAUACAGCCGCAGUACUCGUACACCGUGGUGGAGACGCUGAUGCAGCACCUGGACAACAACUUCAAGUCCUCGCCCAAGACGCGCACCUCGCUGGCCGUCGUGCUGUCCAAGAUUAUUGCUAUUGCGGCGGGCGAAAGUGUGGGCCCCUCGGCCUUGGACAUCAUUAACAAUCUGCUGACGCACCUGCGGACGAGCGUGAGCACCACCAGCGAGAUCACGCCCGAGGAGUCGCAGUACCAGGAGGCGCUGAUCAAUGCACUAGGCGAGUUUGCCAACCACCACCCCGACUACCAGAAGAUCGAGAUCAUGCUGUUCAUCAUGAACACGGUCCCAGAUCUGUCCAAGAAGAGCAAGGGCGACCAGAUGCUGCAGAACAUCCUGCUCAAGUCGCUGCUUAAGGUGGGCACCCAAUACAGCACCGUCUCCUUUGAGAAGGCCUUCCCCGCCUCCUUCCUGCAGCCGCUGCUCAAGAUGGCGCGCGCUCCCCACGACCCCACGCGCAUGGUGGUGAUGCAGAUCUUUCAGGCCCUGCUCGACCGCCACCAGAACGAGAAGGUGCUCAGCAGCGUCAGCGUGAAGCCGUAUCCCGCUCUGUCCCAGGAGCCGCCCUCGCGCUCUGACAUCAUCUUCACGCACAAGUACGGCGCCAACAUCAUGCAGGCGCUCAUCGACAGCAUGGCGCUAUCGGAUCGCGUGGACGCCCUCUCCUCCAGCUACAACACCGCCGCCCUGCUCAUCGUCGAGAUGUCGUGCAAUGAAACCGUGCAGGAGUUCCUCCUGUUCAUCUUGGGCAUCCAGCAGGUGGCCAGCACCACGGAGACCCUGGGCACCGUGCACAAGUGCAACCUGCACAUUAUCGCCAUUGGCCUGCUGGUGCUCAUCUCGCGGGUGAGCGGCAUCAACAAUCUGCUGGACUACGCUCAGAAGAUCGUAGACGCGCGGCGCGAGGAAGCCAGCCACUACCUACCGCCGCUGCUGGAACCCAAGAAGAUGGCCAACAAGAGCUUGAAUCUGUCGCUGCCGCAUCUCGCCAUCGACAAGCUGGCUCUGGGCGAGUGCCUCCAGAAUGCAGGCAUGGACGCCCAGCGCCUCAACACGGGCGCUCCGUACGCGCUCAACCAGACGGAUCAUCCCGGCCACCGGCACUCGUGGGUGGAGUCGGUAAGCAACCAGUUGACGCAGCGCAACAGCUCAGCGGAUCUGACCGUCUACAACGGCGAUGUGGACAGCGUGAGCAGCUCGCCCGGUGUGUGCAAAAAACUCCUGGCGCCCGAAUUCAACUUCGAUGCCAUGAAGCGGGCUCUCGCCGAGCCGACGGAGGCCGCCAAGCGGGAGUUGCGCGAGCGCCAAAUGCAAAUCGUUCGCACAUUCCGCGAGGGCGAGUUCGACGAUCUAAUGAGACGCACAGAACCGAAGCACGAUCUCAUCCAGAACCGCCUGAACGAGCUCUUCAACUCGCUGGCCGUGGAGCGUCAGAUCACUCAGAGCGACACCAAGGCAGCCCAGCUGCAGGCCAGCAACGAGAAGCCCAUCUACGAGACGAACUUCCCCGAACUCUUCUACUACUGAAAUGCAAUCCGGAACCGGAAUAUUUUCUACUCAAUCCAUGUAUAUCGAUAGCCCCGAAGACAAGUUUGUUGUUGGGAUCCCUAGUUAAAUCCAAUUAAAUUUUCCGUUGUUAAAUGCAAACAAUUCAAUUGUUAAAAACCAGCCUGCAUAUGUACUUUGAAUUAAUUGUUAUACAAAUAUAUGAUACUAACAAUA